AUGAGAAACACUUGGCUACUCGCUGGGCUUUUGAAGUAUUGGGGUCAGGAGCAGUGGGUGGGCUGGUUUGGAGUGGACAGUAUAAUGUUGUGGAUGUACAUCCCUCAAAUAAGCUACGCCUCCACAGCCCCAGAGUUGAGUGACGACCGGCGGUACGACUUCUUCUCUCGAGUGGUUCCUCCGGACUCGUUCCAGGCCCAGGCCAUGGUGGACAUCAUCAAGUCCAUGGGCUGGACGUACGUGUCCACCAUCGCCUCCGAGGGCAGCUACGGCGAGAGGGGAGUGGAAGCCUUCACACAGCUCUCCAAGGAAGCAGUGCGGUCUGGUGCUGUGGACAGUGUGGUCUCCUGCUGUGGUCAGUGUGGUCUCCUGCUGUGGACAGUGCGGUCUCCUGCUGUGGACAGUGUGGUCUGCUGCUGUGGGACAGUGUGGUCUCCUGCUGUGGUCAGUGUGGUCUCCUGCUGUGGACAGUGUGGUCUCCUGCUGUGGUCAGUGUGGUCUCCUGCUGUGGACAGUGUGGUCUCCUGCUGUGGUCAGUGUGGUCUCCUGCUGUGGUCAGUGUGGUCUCCUGCUGUGGACAGUGCGGUCUCCUGCUGUGGACAGUGUGGUCUGCUGCUGUGGACAGUGUGGUCUGCUGCUGUGGACAGUGUGGUCUCCUGCUGUGGACAGUGUGGUCUCCUGCUGUGGACAGUGUGGUCUGCUGCUGUGGACAGUGUGGUCUCCUGCUGUGGUCAGUGUGGUCUCCUGCUGUGGACAGUGUGGUCUCCUGCUGUGGUCAGUGUGGUCUCCUGCUGUGGACAGUGUGGUCUCCUGCUGUGGUCAGUGUGGUCUCCUGCUGUGGUCAGUGUGGUCUCCUGCUGUGGACAGUGCGGUCUCCUGCUGUGGACAGUGUGGUCUGCUGCUGUGGACAGUGUGGUCUCCUGCUGUGGUCAGUGUGGUCUCCUGCUGUGGUCAGUGUGGUCUCCUGCUGUGGACAGUGUGGUCUCCUGCUGUGGUCAGUGUGGUCUCCUGCUGUGGACAGUGUGGUCUGGUGCUGUGGACAGUGUGGUCUCCUGCUGUGGUCAGUGUGGUCUCCUGCUGUGGUCAGUGUGGUCUCCUGCUGUGGUCAGUGUGGUCUCCUGCUGUGGUCAGUGUGGUCUCCUGCUGUGGACAGUGCGGUCUCCUGCUGUGGACAGUGUGGUCUGCUGCUGUGGACAGUGUGGUCUCCUGCUGUGGUCAGUGUGGUCUCCUGCUGUGGUCAGUGUGGUCUCCUGCUGUGGACAGUGUGGUCUGGUGCUGUGGUCAGUGUGGUCUCCUGCUGUGGACAGUGUGGUCUCCUGCUGUGGUCAGUGUGGUCUCCUGCUGUGGUCAGUGUGGUCUCCUGCUGUGGACAGUGCGGUCUCCUGCUGUGGACAGUGUGGUCUGGUGCUGUGGACAGUGUGGUCUGGUGCUGUGGACAGUGUGGUCUCCUGCUGUGGUCAGUGUGGUCUCCUGCUGUGGUACAAAGUGUUGUAUUAG